CUCUGUAAACAAACAUGGCGGACCAUGGGGCGCUCUGCAGUUAGUUCGCUUAACAUAAAACAUUUAGUAAAGCGUCUUGUGUGAAAAUGCGUGUUACAAAUCGUAUUUUCUCUUGUUUUUACUUAACGGAUAUGCGCGUCACGUUGACAACAGCAGUAUAAAACAAACUAACAGAUGUUAAAGUUUCAGCUAGGCUAGCUUAGCUACAAGGUUACCAAGGCAACGUUAGCUAACAGCUAGCUGCCUCGAUUCCGGAGGUGAAAAUGUGUUUUCUGAGAGGCCUUUUCUUUACAACAGUUUGUUUCUGCGUAUGUAAUUCACGCCGAAUUCAAUGUAACCGUUUAAACUCUUAUUGGGUUUAAAGGAUUUUUGAAUAAAUAUAUAUUUUAUUGAGCCAAUGAACGCAGGAUCGUUAACGACUCAAUUGUUGAACGAAGUUCGCAGUUUGCAGUCGUCUCCCUGGUUUUCUGCACCUGGGAGCUGUUUUGUACGUCAUUAAUAGUUUACUUGAAAACACACACUUUUUGAAUAAGAAGACAAAUAUCUGUGAGAGAUCUGGGGCCAAAAUAAAUCCAGCUUAACUGAAUAGAGCUCAUGAAAACAUGGAGCAGUACACUAUUCUGGGUCGCAUCGGAGAAGGCGCUCAUGGUAUCGUUUUCAAGGCCAAACACACUGAGACAGGGGAGACGGUGGCUCUGAAGAAAGUGGCUCUGAGGAGGCUAGAGGACGGUAUCCCAAACCAGGCACUGAGGGAGAUUAAAGCACUGCAGGAGAUCGAGGACAACCAGCAUGUGGUGAAGCUGAAGGACGUCUUUCCUCACGGCACGGGCUUCGUCCUGGUGUUCGACUUCAUGCUGUCUGACCUCUCGGAGGUUAUCAGGAACUCCCAGCGCCCUCUGACCCAUGCGCAGGUGAAAAGUUACAUGAUGAUGCUGCUGAAGGGCGUGGCCUUCCUGCAUCAUAACAACAUCAUGCACCGGGACCUGAAACCAGCAAACCUCCUCAUCAGCUCUUCAGGCCACCUGAAGAUUGCAGACUUCGGUCUGGCCCGGCUGUUCAGCGAGCACGGAGAGAGGCUGUACAGCCACCAGGUGGCCACCAGGUGGUACCGAGCUCCUGAGUUGCUGUACGGAGCCCGAAAGUACGAUGAGGGAGUGGACCUGUGGGCGGUCGGCUGUAUUUUUGGGGAGCUGUUGAACUCGUCUCCUCUGUUUCCUGGAGAGAACGACAUCGAGCAGCUCUGCUGUGUCCUCAGAGUGUUGGGAACACCGACUCAGGACAGCUGGCCUGAAAUAGUGGAGUUGCCAGAUUACAACAAAAUUACCUUUAAGGAGAAUCCAGCAAUCCCAUUGGAGGAAAUCGUCCCUGACACGUCCCCUCAGGCCAUCGACCUGCUCUAUAAGUUCCUGGUGUAUCCAUCCAAACAGCGCUGCUCAGCCCGACAGGCUCUCCUCCAUCCAUACUUCUUCUCCUCUCCACUUCCUGCUCACCACUCGGAGCUGCCCAUCCCCGAGAGGGCAGGCCGGCCCCCUCGCCAGCGCUUGCAGGCUCCACCCACUGACUUCUCAGUGGACCUACCCCUGCAGAACAGCGUAGUUGACCCUGCACUGUUACAGGGAUACGCUGCCUGCCUUUGAACUGACCGGUGGUCUUCACUGUCUCAGCUGCUCUUAUACCAGUUGAUCUUGUUUGAUGUAUUUAUUCAUUAUCUGGUUCAUGAAAUCCUCUCCUACAGACUGGAUUCAUAUUUUUUCAUGAACUCCAGCUCACACAGAAGCAGCUGAACUUUCAUGCCAUCACGAUGCUUCAACAAAACGAUAACAAGAAGGUUUUUCCUGAGCCUGGAAGUCUUCUCAGUCUCCACAGCAGAAAAUGAACUCAAGCAGUCGAGCACGAUGAAUUACACCUGCUAACAAAAUUUAUUGGACUUAAAACAAUGAAAGUUUAACCCCACUGGGUCUCCAUUAGACAAAAUGAUGAAAUAAAUACAUUUAAAAAACACUAAAUUAAACAAU